AUGGUAGUCCAGCGUGCGUUGUCCCUGGGGCUCGGCGCAUGGGCAGUGUGGAGUGGAAUCGCAAUGUUGACUUUCGACAUAAUCUUCGCCGUCUGCCUGAACCGGAAUAACUCGCCCGUCAGAGUCAAUGUUGUGGCUAUCGUUUCGUCUGGGUUGAGUGGAAUCACUGUGGCUUUGCUAUUGAUGCUGUUGGGGAGGCAAAUUCAGUAUCGCAGUGGGUCUCAUAUCCAGGACUUUGGCCAUGGACGACUGCAUACGUACCUAUUAGCCGGAUUGGCUGGAGGUUUCGGCGUUUUGUCUGCUGUUGCAUCGUCAGUGGUACUGGUGAUAAUGAGGAGCAGAGUUGGUGAUAGACCGCAGAGAAUUAUCAACGGCCCUUCACACGACCUGGUGACUGUGUGGGCAGUAUCCUUACUGUCCGAGGGUCUAUUUGUGAUCUGCAUGGUCAUAUUCCAGAGGAGAGACUUCCAACAGCAGAUCCAGAGAUAUCGUGCAUCUAUGUCACAUACGUUUCCUCAAAUGCAGGCGACACCCAGACCACAAGCACCAAGUAUGGAAGGAAGUAUUGAUCAUCGAAGAGAAUUUUCGAUGGAGUCAAGGCGUCCACGAUCCGGUUCAGACGAGAUGUCCUCGAUGCGGUCUUCGAUAUCGCAGGUGGUGCGACCGAUCACUUCCAAGACCAAGCUCAUCCAAAAAAACCACAAGCCCUCACAUCGCACAACGUCAAUUGAGUCGAGCCAGCGAGACGCUUCUAUGGACGAUAGUUUCGAUUCGUGGGAUACUUCGUCGGUCGAUGCUUCGGCGCGGCAAGCUGUAGAAUUGGCGUCUCCAUCAGCCCCGAGAUUUCUCGAGACCAUCCCAGCAAGUCCAACCACCAGCAGAAGUGCAAGUCCUGGGUUUCCGCUUGACCUAGAGCCACCGAAAACCCGAAGGAGAAGUCGUAGCUACAGUCCUAGUUACACAGAACGGAGAACGUCGAGUCCGAUUGAAAGCCGGAGUGAAGCUCAUAUCCAUCCUUUGUUCCGGACAGAUUCGCCAGACCCACCUCCGACUACGACUCCAGGGACAAUAGUCAUUGCUGCCCCUAAUGCUGGACAAUUACUUUCAGACCGGAUCAGUAUCCGCUCCGUUCAUCGAAUGCGCAGCGGAAGUCUUCCUUCGAGUCCUUUGGUGCAUAGUGAUAGCUUAGAUAGCAUCCGAAAUGCAAUGGAACGUCAGGAGCUAGAAGGAUUAGAGGAGAACAAGAGAGAGAGGUCACUCACUCCUCCAAUUCCGGAUUUCGUCUUGAAUGGAGGCUCGAGAAAUAGUCUCAGUGGGUACCAUUCCCGGAAAAAGGCCCAAACGGGGUUGGGGAUGGUUGGGGAAGGCCUCGAAGCAUAG